CCGGCUCGCCACGCGCUACCGACCUCCUUACAGGCCUCACUUGGGCCUCACGCAUACUCGAUCGACCCUUGACACCUUUCUUCGGGCCUGUCUUCUUAGCUGACGCUUAUGCACUGAUUCUGCGUCCGUCAUCUCUACUGUCGGACUGCCUGGUGUGCCAUUUCCACCAUGCAUCCUUUCGCAUCGUACGUUCUACGCAGCUACUACCGGGCGACGGGCUGGAAUGAGGACAACUUGUAUGCCAACCUCACCCGAUCAUCCAAUGCGGUCCUCGACUUCACUGUGCCCAGAGGGCUACACUUCUCGAUCUCAAAGUCGCCGAGCCCGCUGUUCAAGAACACCUAUUCUAUGAACGCACUGCCGUCGCUCAACGGUUCUGUUGGCUACAUCUUCACCUCAUGCGAGCUGGACGUGAAGGGCUCGGGCGACGUGCGCUUCAAGGACAUGGCAGACCACUUCAAAGUCUACGACCUGCCCCGGAGACCGGAGGGGAAGGAGGAAGAAUGGCUGGCGGGCGAGAGAGUCAACACUCGGGACUACCUGCUUUACGGCCGUGUCUACAUCCCGACAGGCCGACUUGAUGCACUGUAUUCAGCGAGGCUAUCACCGACGUUGCAAGGUAUGGUGGCUGCAAUAUCCGACCCGCGCGCAAGCCUGUUUGCCGAGUCGGUCAGGAGUGCACCUACGCAUCCCAGCAACAUUAUGUUCAGCCUGCAGCACGAUACCGGCAGGUGGUGUACAGAAUACACAUGGAGUGCGGAGGACGGCAUGUGGGGUGUCCGGACGCUGCAUAACUUCGGGAAGUUAACCGGCUCGAGCGACUCGGCUGAGGAGGGCGAGAAGUCGACCGGUGCACCACCACGGACUCGCUCGUGGAUGAGAAGGGUGGAUGAGGAGGAGGCGAUGGAGGGAGGUCUCAAAGGCCGAAUAUCCGCCGGCGCUGAGUUUUACUUCAGUGCCAAGGAGAAGAGCGCAGGUGUAUCGACCGGUAUACGGUUCACGACGUUGCCCGAUGCAACUCCCCCAUCGUUCCAGGAACCUUCAACAGCACCAUCGACAUCGCGCGGCCCUCCCUCCCAGCCACCUACGACCAUCACUGCUCUGUUCAACCCCAUGCUCGGACAUAUCUCCGCGGCGUAUACCGCGCGAACCUCCCGUGAUCUCUCUCUCAGCUCGCGGUACGACUUCAACGUAUACAGCUACGAGAGCGAGUGGUGCAUGGGAGCAGAGUGGUGGAUGCGCCGUGGGAAGGGCAUGUUCACGUCCGCGCUGGGCUCGAGCCCAGACGAGUCGAAGGAUGACUCUGCUUUGCAACACACGCCUCCAGCUUCACAUGAGGGCAUGGGCGAGGUGCAAGGGGUGAUGAAAGCCCGUGUAUCUACGACAACGGACAUUUCCCUUUUGUGGGAAGGACGUUUGAAAAACAUGCUGGUCAGCUUCGGGAUCGUCUCGAACCUGACCAGCAGGUCGAAGCCCAUAAAAGCAAUAGGCCUGGAGUUAUCGUACUUCAGCUCGGGAUGAACACCCACCAGUGCAUCGCUAGGAUUGCUUUCGUGACUUGGGGGACACUAGUAUGCGUGUACGAUCAACAAGGACUUCUGCAUCAUCAUAUCCAGGGCCAUGUACCAUAGAGAAACACUAAUCAGAUUCCAGGGGGACAUUAAAUGAAGCCGUAAGGCGGGG